AUGGGCUGCUCCAUGAGCCGGUUGGUCAAGGCGACGAUCGCGGUCGUCUUGCUCGUCAUGAUCUUCACGUCCGGCGCAAUGGCGGCCACCAGCUUGGACGCCACCCGGAUCCAGCAGCUGCCGUUGGCGGACGGACUUCUCCAGGGGCCAGAGAGCGUCGCCUUCGACGCCCAAGGGCACGGCCCAUAUAGCGGCGUCUCCGACGGCCGCAUCCUCAGGUGGGACGGGGACAAGAUAGGCUGGACCACUUACGCGUACGGCCCUGGCUACGACGAAGACAUGUGCAGGGCUUCGAUAUUCCGCCCGGCAACUUCCAUGGAGAGUCAGUGUGGCCGGCCGCUCGGUUUGCAGUUUCACCACAAGUCUGGGGAUCUAUACGUGGCCGACGCCUACAGGGGACUCAUGCGGGUUGGUCCUCGUGGCGGGGAAGCCACGGUAUUGGUCAAUGCAGUUGAUGAUAAACCUCUCCGCUUCACCAACGGGGUUGACGUCGACCAGGUCACCGGUCAAGUCUACUUCACCGAUAGCUCUAUGAACUAUGACAGGACGAAUCAUGAGCUGGUCACAAGAUCUGGGGACUCAACAGGGCGUCUCAUGAGGUACGACCCACGUACCGGUGACGUCGCGGUCCUCCAAACACGCCUGGCAUAUGCAAACGGCGUCGCUAUCAGCACCGACCGUACGCAUCUAAUAGUCGCAUCUACCGGGCCGUGCAAACUGCUGAGGCACUGGAUCAAAGGGGCCAAGGCGGGGACAUCUGAGCCAUUUGCCGAUCUCCCUGGCUACCCCGAUAACGUGAGGCCUGACAGAAGGGGAGGUUACUGGGUGGCAUUACAUGGCGAGAAGAAUGAAUUGCCCUCUCGCCCCAAUAGCCAUAUGCUCGCUGUGAGGAUCGGAGCUGACGGCGAGAUACUCGAAGAGAUGAGGGGGCCCAAGCGUGUGAAGCCUGCAGAGGUCAUGGAAAGAGACAAUGGGAAGCUUUACAUAGGCUCUAUUGACUUGCCCUAUGUCGGUGUAGUUACACGCAAGUAG